AUGGAGUCGUCGCACACGUCUAAUGGCGUCAUGGCGCACUCGCCCGGCGAGGCAGAGGAGGCCAUGGACGACGCGCGCAGUGAAUACAGCGUGCUCGAUGACGUACCCUCGUCUGCGCACAUAACGGCCGUGGCCAGCCAGGACACGGCCGAGUGGCAGCGGACGAUUGAGAAUGUCGUCAAGAGCGUCGUUUCCAUCCACUUUUGCCAGACGUGCUCCUUUGACACGGACGCGGCGGUGAGCUCAGAGGCGACGGGCUUCGUUGUUGAUGCGGAAAAGGGCUACAUCCUUACCAACAGGCACGUUGUCGGCGCCGGCCCCUUCAUCGGAUACUGCAUCUUCGACAACCACGAGGAGUGCGACGUCCAUCCCGUCUAUCGUGACCCCGUCCACGACUUCGGCAUCCUGCGCUUCGACCCCAGCAAGAUCAAGUACAUGCCCGUCACCGCCCUCAAGCUCCGCCCGGACAAUGCAAAGGUCGGCGUCGAGAUCCGCGUCGUCGGUAACGAUGCCGGAGAGAAGCUCAGUAUCCUGUCCGGUGUCAUCAGCCGGCUGGAUCGUAAUGCGCCCGAAUACGGCGAGGGCUACUCGGACUUCAACACAAACUACAUACAGGCGGCAGCUGCGGCGAGUGGAGGAUCCUCUGGCAGUCCCGUCGUGGACCGCGAUGGCUUCGCAGUUGCGUUGCAGGCUGGUGGACGUGCCGAUGGUGCUGCGACCGACUACUUUCUCCCCCUGGACCGCCCGCUACGAGCACUGGAGCUCAUCCGCCAAGGCCAAUUCGUCUCACGGGGCACCAUUCAGACGCAGUGGAUAUUGAAGCCGUUCGAUGAGUGCCGAAGGCUGGGUCUCUCGCCUGCCCUGGAAAAGGACAUUCGCACAAAGUUCCCCAAGGAGACAGGCAUGUUGGUCGCAGAGGUCAUCCUCCCGCAAGGACCUGCAUCUUCCAAGAUCGAGGAAGGCGAUCUGCUGCUGCGCGUCAACGGAGAGCUACUGACCCAGUUUGUCCGGCUUGAUGCCAUCCUGGAUGACCACGUCGGCAAGACCAUCUCGGUAACGAUACAACGCGCAGGCGAGAACAUGGACGUCGAGCUGGAAGUGGGAGACCUCCAUGCCAUCACACCUGACAAGUUUGUUUCCGUCGCAGGUGCCUCGUUCCACGAUCUCUCCUACCAACAAGCCCGUCUCUAUGCCAUUUCUCUCAAAGGCGCAGGUGUAUACGUCUGCGAGGCAGCGGGCUCCUUCAGAUUCGCUGACGGCUACACAUCAGGCUGGUUAAUACAAGAGGUUGACAACCAACCCACCCCAGACUUAGACACGUUCAUCCAAGUCAUGAAAAAGAUUCCCGAUCGUAAGCGUGUGGUCAUGAUGUACAAGCAUCUGCGCGAUCUGCAUACUGCAAACACUAGUAUCACUGCUGUGGACAGGCAUUGGCAUGCAAAGAUUCGGGUAGCAACACGCAAUGACACGACCGGCCUGUGGGACUUUAAGCCUCUUGCCGAUGCCAUUCCUCCUGUGCCUCCUGUCCCGCGCCGUGCGAACUUCGUCAAGAUGAGCUCAAACUACCCCGACGCUGUGGAUAUUGUUCGUAGUUUCGUGCGCGUGCAUGUCUCCAUGCCCAUCAAGCUUGACGGCUUCCCCAAGAUGAACAAGCAGGGCUACGGACUUGUUGUUGACGCCGAGCAGGGUCUCGUCCUUGUCUCGCGAGCCAUCUUGCCAUAUGACCUAUGCGACAUCUCACUGAUUAUUGCCGACAGCAUCUUUGUGGAUGCCAAGGUUGUUUUCAUGCACCCAUUGCAAAAUUAUGCCAUCGUCAAGUAUGAUGCUUCGCUCGUCAAUGCGCCCGUCAAGACGCCCAAGUUUGCAACCGACUUUAUCAAAAAGGGCGCCGAGACCAUCUUCUUCGGCAUCAACCAGAACUUCCGACCUGUCGUAGCAAAGACUGUCGUCACUGAUAUUACCACAGUGGCCAUCCCCGCCAGCGCAAUCACACCACGAUAUCGUGCCACCAACUUUGACGCCAUCACCGUUGACACCAACCAGGCCUCACACAGCGGCUCUGGAGUGCUGAUUGCUGAAGACGGCACUGUGCAGGCGCUCUGGCUCUCAUACCUAGGCGAGCGGACAUCGCACAGCGGCAAAGACGUAGAGUACCAUCUAGGUCUUGCCACUCCCAAUCUCCUCCCAGUGCUCAAUGAGAUCCGAGGUGGUAAGACACCCAAGCUCCGCAUCUUGAAUGUCGAGUUCCAGACAGUUCAGAUGAGCCAAGCCCGUGUCAUGGGCGUCUCAGAAGAAUGGAUAGAAAAAACUGAGACGGCUGACCCAGAGCGCCACCAACUCUUCAUGGUGCGCAAGGUUGACUCUGGUCAUGGUGACGGUCUCAACGAGGGUGAUGUGUUGCUGACGCUAAACGGUAAACUUGUCACUCGUUCGCCCGACCUAGACGUCAUGUAUAACAACGAGUUUCUGGAUGCAGUCGUGGUGCGCAAGCGCGAAGAAAAGACUAUCAAGGUGUCGACAGUUGCAACAGAAGAUCUCGAGACAGAUCGUUUGGUCAGCUUCUGUGGUGCCACUUUCCACCGCCCGCACCAAGCUGUGCGCCAGCAGAUUAGCAAGAUUCACUCUGACGUCUAUAUUUCGUCGCGCGCCCGUGGAUCGCCGGCGUACAUGUAUGGGCUUGCGCCUACAAACUUUGUCACGCACGUGAAUAAUGUCCCCACCCCGAACCUAUCGGCUUUCCUCACCGAAAUCAAAAAGAUAAAGGACAACGAGUACUUUCGCAUGAAAGUCAUGACGUUCGACAACGUCCCAUGGGUCGCAACCAUGAAGAAGAAUGAGCAUUACUUCCCCACCAUCGAGCACAUCAAGGAUGCUUCCGAGCCACUGGGUUGGAAGAAGAUCAUACACGAGUGCGACGCUGGAGGGGCCAAGGAUAUGAUGGGUCCAGACGAACUAGAGGCUGAUGCUGGGGAGGAGUAGAUUCGGUUCAUGAAGCUUUAUAUCCUUUUAGAUAGCCGUGUAGACGGAAUGCGACCCCAGUACAAA